UGCGUGAGACGUCGAAUAUAGGAAGAUAAUUUGAAUAUAACGAGAACAGUCGCAAAUUUCGAUUUAAUUCUUGCACGCUGUGAAUCGUUGGGCGCAAAGUUGAAAACAACAUUUUCGAUCGUUAUAGACCUAAAAUUAUCCUUGUGAAUUUGAUUUUUGCUGGUUCUCUUUAGAAAACAUAUCUUCACACCCUUAUAAUGAAUAAAACAAUGUUUUACGCAGCCGUCUUCAUUCUUUGUUUGUCAAGUAUGUGUAGCGCCACCCAGUGCCACAGUGAUGGAGAUUGUCGAUUCAGUGGUCGAUGUAUCAGAGGGGAAUGCACAUGUAUGAUGAACUGUAUAGCAUCAGGCGUCAUGUUAUUAUGCGGUGAAGAUGGCCAUUAUUACGUCAACUAUUGUUUCAUUACAAUGCGAUCUUGUGAGUCACAAUCCGAGAUCAAAGUUCACGCAGUGGGUCAAAGUUCACAUUGCUCGCCUCAGGGGUCACCGUUUGCAGCGCUGUUGCCAGAAAACAGAAUUCCCGGAUAUGACGUAUGUGGCAUGGAAGAUAAUCAUUGCCACAACUUUGGGAUUUGUUUGAAAAAUAUCCAACAACGAAUUUGUUUAUGUCCACGUCAUUACCAUGGCAACCGAUGUCAAUACAGGAACGCCCCAUUGAACAAUAUCGACUACGCGUUGUCGCGAUCGAACGCAAUAAUCGGAAAUCCUACGUCACAAGUCCAUGGCUCUCCUGCCAUUGUUCUGGUACUGUGCGUCAUAUCCGGUCUAUUUACCUCCAUUGUGACAUCAGCUGUGUGUUACAGAAUUCGCGCUCGGGAUAUGAAACGUCAUAAAGACAAUAUAAUACGUCAUAAAGAAAGUAAUUUGAAUCUGGAAAACUAUUCGAAAAAAGCAGCAAGCGUUUCUGAAAAAGAAACUUUAACAAAUAGACUGGACAUUAUCUUAGUUUGAAACAAAAACAGUUUUUCCGAAAAAAUCAACAAAAGCUGCGGAAAAGUGCUAAAAAUUUUUAUUUGAAGAGUUAAAAUGCACUGUGAUGGGACAAAAGAUACAGAACCGACAAUUUCUCUAUGCAAUCGACUCUUCUUAUGCGCCAUAAUUGGGAUUUUAUUUCACUAGUUGUGAUUUGUGCGUUUGAAUAAAAUAUUUAAAAAUAAACGGGAUUUGUGUUU